AUGGAAGACUCGCUGGAGGAUCUACCACAGGAGGAAGCGCAGGAGCUCAGGGACUUCCUGGACAAGCGACGAUGGUUCGAGAGCAAGCUAAAGAUACCCCUUCACUUGUCAAUCGACGAUGUGACACAAUGGCAGAUCGAGAGAGACAGGACAGAAGAAGAAGUGCUAGACUUCGACGGAGGGGACCUUGAAAGAAUCAAGAAAAAGACCAGAGAUCAAAGAGGAGAUCGCCGAGCUCAUAACGCACAAAGGGAGACCUUGGGUGAAGCAGGAAAUGCGUCACCCCCUUCGAGACCUGGCCAGGAUAAAGGAGGACUUGGAAGACCAACUCAACGAUCUCGCGGACAGGGUGUCAUGGUGCGGACAGCUGGAGGAUCAAUGGCAAAUACCAUUCGAAAAGGUGCUCCAGCUACGAGCGAAUAUCAUCAAGAUCUGCAAAGAUUGAUUCGUCAAUUGCCAAAAGCGGCUUACAACCCUCUGAGCCACCCCGCUUACCCCGAAAAAGACAAACAACACGCAGAAAUACUUGUAGCUUUACACGCUUCUCAAGCCCAAGCUCAGGACUCCCUCAAUCAUUGUCAAAUCCUCAUACAAUGGUACGGAAAGCUUGUAGAAGCACGACAGUCAAUUCUGAACAGGCAAAAAGAUCUGUCAACGUGUUCACAUCUGCUUCAAGAAAUCAACAAUGUUGAAACAAUUGAAGAUAUGGUUUGGAUUCAGAGAGCGGACGAGGGAGCCACGCUGACUCACCAAAUGGACCUUGCCAUUUUCAAGUAUCGAAAUACUUGCCGACAAUACCCGGAAGUGCAAAUAGAGGAUGAUUUGAUAGACCAAGCCGAGAGAUCAAGUCAAAACCUGCUAGAUUUAUCAGAGACGGCUCGACGAAACAUUCAAGUCCUACCUCUGGUACAGAGAAUAAUUAGAGCGAUCGACAAAGUGGAAAUUGACUUUACCGCUCUCGAAACAUCAAUCCAAUUCAAAGCGCACCAAAUUUCAUGGCCUGGUAUGUGUUCUGAUAUUGCUCCCAUCACCGAGCGAGUAUCCAACGUGCUUGAAAAAACGCUUGCGUUGACCAAUGAUAUGACACGUUUACGUGAAACGCGGAAAUUACCAAAACUACUAGACUCCCUCGAGACGAAAAUGGCAAAAGUCACCAACCAACAAGCUCAACUGAAACAGUCGUCGGAUCUACUAAUCCGGGUCCACAAACAGACCCAAGCUGUCGAAUGCGUCGAAGCGCAAGUCAUCAAGCUGCAGCAGAAGAUUAACACGGUUCACUUCGACGCCACAACAUUGCAAGCUUUGGAACGCGAGCAUGCAGACUGGACAUCGACUCUGGCAAACAGGAUACCGUUUCUCGAUAACAAUACAUCUCUUUCACCAUCCCUGACCUCGCCGAAGCCUUCCAUCCUCAAAGUCGCAACAGUGGACCAAGCGGUUCGCGAUCAUGUCAAUAAACGCAGCAUGGAACUAGCAUCCAAGGUCGCACAGUGCCGAAUAGCAUAUCAUCACGCUGAAAAGUGCCACCUCGCAACGGCUCUUUGGCAACCAGUGUAUCACAAUAUCAUGGCAGAAAUCAAUAAACUGGACAUGUCAAAUCUGCCAUCGAAAGCCGCUGUUCUAGCCAUUGACGAUCUGUUUCAUAAACUCAAACCUGUAUUGUUCCACCACAGGCACGAAGCCAUCGACGCGCUAGAGCAGUACGCAAAACAUACAAAUCCAGCAGAAGAUGCGUCGGAAACAGCCCUACAAACAGCUCGACUCGCUGUCAAUGGCGCAUUGUCUGAGAUGGACCAUAUCGAGAUCACUCUCGAUAGUCUCCGAGCAGCGGCCAAGCUUGUGGACGCAGACGACGUUUUUGGUCCGCUUCCACUCGAUCCCACAACCCCUCCUGCUCGCCCGCCCGUCGUUGCGUUACCAACAAUCGCUGGUGCAAUGGACGAUUUGCGGAUACCGGUGACCCCUUCGAAGCUCCCACGCCUCGCUCAUCGCACUGCAUCCAACCCUAUAUCCACGCCUCGAAACCCGUCGCCCGUUGUCACUCAGACAACCCUGCGUAACCGGGCUGUCUCCGAGACCCCAAGUCGUAUCCCCAGUCUGCAAAGUUUAUCCACCUCCCAGUCUCGUCCAACUCUCACGCAAUACGUGGCUGACCCGAAAAGCAAGCUGGAUAUAGCCGUGGGAGAAAUCAUCAACAAACUCGAUGUGAGUACAUAG